CUGAAGGUCUUCCUGCCUCCUCCACCCACGGCUGGUCGAAGUGACAGCUCACGCUGGGAAGAUGCACUGGUGGAAAAUGAUGGCAGUCCUUUUGCUCUGCUCACUGCUGCUCAGCCAGGCACACGGCAUGUCCCUGCCCCAGUCCCGGGCGCCGCGGCAGCGGCGGAUGACGCCCUUCUGGAGAGGAGUGUCCCUGAGACCCAUCGGAGCCUCCUGCAGGGACAACAGCGAGUGCAUCACCAUGCUCUGCAGGAAGAACCGCUGCCUCCUCACCACGGCCUCGGCGUGAGCUCACGAUGACAACACCCCUCACUGUUACUGCUGACGGAGCUCCAAACUUGGGACCUAUUUAUUGACUGCUCAGGAGCUGGACAGUGACUCGAGCAAUUAAAUAUAAACCAUAUUUAAUACUUCUGUCACAUGUGCUGAUAAAAGGACUUCCAAGAGCUCAAGACCAUCUCCUGCCGUGGCUGUGCCUCAGGAUGCCUCUGGCCAAGCUCAAUAAAAGGACUCUGCCUCUCC